UCUGGGUAAGUUCAAGUUGUUACUGCAACACAAUUUAAAAAAAAAAACCGCAAUCCUUGGAAAAUAACCUACGAAAUGCUAAAAGUACAACAUUGGCCCUUCUUUAGCAGGACCCCGACCAAGAACAUGAUAUGUCCUCCAUAUAUAAGUCAAUGGACCUACACAAGAAAACUCACUUUCUUCUUAUUCUUCUAAUUCGUGUGAGAUAAGUUAGGACCCCAGAAAAAUAUUCUUAUCUGGAACUUAUACAUCAACAAAAUAUCGCCGAAAGGCUUCAUACCCCAUCAAACUAUAUAUAGUUUCCUGAUGGGAUUUCAAACUUCAAGAAAACUCAUCCAUCGAUUAGUCAUGAACUAAAUCGAGUCCCAUCCCCUUUAAAAUCCCAUCAGGAAACUAACCUCGACCUAACAAGAAAUGGAUUCUUAUCAUGAAAGUCUUCUUAAACUCAUGCACUCUCUCCUAUUCUGCUUCCUAAUCGUCCUUGCCUCUAUAGCUGCUCCCUCGCUCGCUGAUCCCCCGUACGAGCUAUGCUCCCUGGACGGAAACUAUGCCAUCAACGGCACCUUCGAGAAAAACCUCAUCAGCCUUCUCUCUUACAUGUCCUCGAAUUCUUCAGCCUCGAGGUUUUACAGCACUUCGUUCGGCGAUGGAACAGACCGAGUUUAUGCCCAGUACAUGUGCCUGAAUUAUGUGACAAAUGGGACCUGCGGAGACUGCAUAAGGUUGGCCUCUCAGCACAUACGCAGCCUCUGCCCAAAUGAUACCGAGGCAAUUGUGUGGGAAGAAUCUUGCCAGCUGAGGUACUCGAGUCGGGAUUUCUUUGGUAGAUUGGAUAUCUCGGGAAAUAAGUGGCUGGACAAUGCAAAGAACAUAUCCCAACCAGUAAGGUUCAGGAUGAUUGUGAACAAUACCCUCCAGAACCUCACCAGGGUUGCGGCUUCCGGUCCUGACAAGUAUGUGACGGGUAAGGUGAACUUCAAGGACACAAGUAAGAACACUCUCUAUGGGCUAGUCCAAUGUGGGAGAGACCUGUCUGCUGGGGAUUGUCGAACUUGCCUUGAAGCAGCCAUUAGUGAUGUGCUGAAGAAUGUGUAUUUCUCCGUAGGAGCACGGCUUCUGAGCCGCAGUUGCUACUUGAGGUAUGAGUUAUACGCAUUUUAUGAGGGUGCAACGGAGCCAGCGUCCAAUCAGGCUGCAGCUUCUGGUCGUGGGAAUAAAGUUGUGUUGAUUUUGAUCAUCACAGUCGCUCUGGCUGCAAUGGUGUUGGUGCUUGUGGCUUCCUUUCUUUACUACCUGAGGAGAUAUCACAGAGAUAAAAAAGCAUAUGAUCAGGAUUUGCCAUUUAUGAGUUUGAGGAUUAUAGCUUCUGCCACGAAAAACUUCUCGAGUUCAAAUAAGCUUGGGCAAGGCGGUUUCGGACCUGUUUAUAAGGGUGUUCUUCCUGAUGGGAAAGAGGUAGCAAUCAAGAUGCUUUCCAGUUGCUCCGAGCAGGGUGCCGAGGAAUUCACGAAUGAAGUCUUACUAAUAAUGAACCUUCAACACAGAAAUCUUGUCAAGCUAUUGGGCUUCUGUGUAGAUAGGGAAGAGAGAAUGCUAGUCUAUGAGUUCAUGCCAAAUGGCAGUCUCGAUGUCAUGCUUCUCGAUCCAAAUAGACGGGCUAAGCUCAAUUGGAGACAACGCCUUGAUAUUAUAGAUGGAAUAGCGAGGGGAGUCCUAUACCUCCAUGAGGAUUCUCAACUCAGGAUCAUACACAGAGAUCUUAAACCAAGCAACAUCCUGCUGGACACGGACAUGAACCCGAAGAUCUCUGAUUUCGGAAUGGCGAGAAUCUUUGCAGGCAAUGAUGCUGGAGCAAAUACUGCGACAAUAGUUGGAACAUACGGAUAUAUGGCUCCGGAGUAUGCUAUGGAAGGACUAUACUCGACCAAGUCCGAUGUCUUCAGCUUUGGAGUAAUUCUUCUCGAGACGAUAACGGGGGAAAGAAAUACAACCUUUCAUCUAUCGAAACGGGCCCCGACCCUACUCGCAUACGCAUGGCAGCUAUGGAAUGAAGGAAAAGGGCAAGAGCUGGUUGACCCAUUGAUAAAGGACUCGUGGUGGUUUCCUGAAGAAUUUAAUAGGUACAUGCACGUCGGUUUGUUGUGUGUUCAAGAAGAUGCAUACGAUAGACCCUCAAUGUCUUCAGUCGUCGUGAUGCUGAAGAGCGAAUCUACGGCUCUUCGGAAUCCUGAUAGGCCUGCCUUCUCUGUCGGCCGAUUUACCGAUCAGCAAGUCGCUAGCAACUGCGGCUGCUCGAUCAAUGGGGUGACUGUUUCCAGCAUCAAUCCUCGGUGAUUAACACCUGUUGAGCAUGUGUUUCAACGAUUUAUCCAUUCGACCAAGUCCCCAGUCUGUUUAACGGACCUACGGUGCGUCAUCCAUGUCGUCUUCUAGUCUGUAUAAUAUUGCCAUAUUUCUCUUUCAUUAAUUUUUCACUCUUAUAGACCGAGAUGAGUAUCAAUGAAUCAAUAUCCAAUUACUAGUCAAGAAUUGAUUUGUGAAUUUUUAAUUUGGGUGCUCUAUUAUAUGAAUUGUUUGAUCAAAAAUAUUUAUUGUCAAAUGAAAGACAUUAAUAUCAGAUGAAAGUUGAACAGAGAAUGAAUGCAAACCUA